AUGCCUGGUCCCGGAGGUGGUCCACCCCGCAGAAGCCACACCAAGUCGCGCAAUGGUUGCAAAACCUGUAAGCGAAGGCAUAUUCGAUGCGACGAGACUUUCCCUCAGUGUCGCAACUGCACCAAACACAAUUGCCGGUGCGACUACAUGGACACGCAGGCUGUCCGUGACGAGGCUCCCCGCAGUCCAGGUGUCCCUAAUCUACUGAUGACCCCUGAGAUCGAGGCCGAAAUCGAAAGCUGGCAGUUCAACGGCGUUCCUCCAUUCCCCGAACUAUCACAAUGCCCUCGCAAUGACUGGUAUCGCUUCUCGAAGACCGACCUCCGACUCAUCCACCACAUUGCCGGUCUUUCAAUUGAUUUCCACCGUCGGGGUCUAAGUGAAACUACCGUUUGGGCUCCGAAAAUGCCAUCUAUUCUCGCAAUCGCUGUUUCAAGUGACUUUGUCAUGAGCGCCGUCCUUGCGUUCUCCGCCUCACACCUAGCCUACUUGACAGGUAGCAAAGAAACCGAAAAUUUAUCAUAUCGCCACCGAGGAGUGGCAUUUAAAGGCUUGCAGAAUGCAAUCGGAACCUUUUCAAAGGCAAACUGCAACUCUAUACUAGCCGCCUCUAUCCUUUUAUCAUGGCAAGCCACUGACUGGGCGUCCCUCGCAUCCUUGCAGAGGGGCAUGUCAUCGGUGCUUGAUUCCAUGCACCCAUAUUGGAAGGAGACGUCGGAUAUUGCACAAUUUCUUGAGGGUCAAAGGGCUCUCCGCUCAUUCAACAUGAACCUCAACUCCACAUAUCUAUCUGGCGCCACGCGAUAUCAAGGCGACGACCUCGAGCGCAUCGAUACAUCCAUCGCGGACCUACAAAUAAUCCAAAAACAAGUCCAACACAUUCCCGAGUAUUAUGAAAGGAUACACGAGCUUCUUACCUUUGUCAAGAAACUGCGCAACGACAUGCCGAUUCCGUCGCCUGAGAAAGCCUUUGAAAGACUUCAGCCUUUGCGCACCUGGUUAUUCUGGCUACCGACAAAGAUGCUGACAGGAGGGGAGAGAGACCUGGGCGCUUUGUCUAUAUUGGCCCAGUUUUAUUCAACGGCACUGGCCCUCGAGCCCCUGUUCCCCGAGAUUGAAGGCUCAUAUUUGGGCUGCAUGGCGAUAACACCAAUUGAAAAUAUCGAUGCAAUCUUGUUGGCGCGCAAAUCGUCAAUUCCAUAUACUCCUGGUGCGCAGCUAGCCGCCACCCUGAUGGAAUUUCCACGCCACAUUAUGACCGACUACAAGAGCUGUAUUCAAUGGUCGCAGCCUGUGCAGCCAAUGAAUCACUUUGUAACGACACCUCCGAGCCCCUACCACCAAUUUCACGACAUAUCCUAUGAGACGACAGCACCAUAUACUCCAUCCAUCCAUUCUCCGCCGACUUUUGCAAUCCCAACUCCUCCUUUUCACGCCCAGCACAUGUACGGUUCGCACCCUAACUUGUCAGCUGUUUAUGUGAGCUCUCCACUAUCCUCUGAAGGCGGGGACGAGUCUUUGUCAGAUUAUAGCCGACAAGGGGGGCUGGAGCACUCUCCGGCAUUCUCUUCACCUUACAACGAGGAGCUGCAUCAUCAACUGCCUACCACUGACGCAUCUGCAGCCUUGAAUAAUAUUGGUCUUAUUCAUGAGUCGCCCAUUAUGCCAAUAGGGGCAGUUGCUCCCGAGCUUUGGACGUGA